AUGAGUGACAAUUCUGAGGCUAUGUCAUCAUUGAUAGCAGCAAAGAAAGCAACUAGACGCAUGAUCAAACAGAGGGUGCAAGGAAUACCCCAAUCUCUAGUGGUUGAGAAGUCGGGCUUCAUAGUAGAUAAAAUAUUGGAUAUGCUUGUUUGGAAAGAAGCCCAAGCAGUGGGAGUAUUCCUCUCGAUGCCUCAGGGGGAGGUACAGACUGGACGUUUGGUCGCCGAUGCAUUCAAAAGCGGUAAGAGAGUCUUUGUGCCGAAGACCAUCCAUGGUAGCAACGAUAUGGAACUUCUAGAGGCCAAGAGCCUUAAUGAUAUAUCCUCGUUCCCUCGUACGAAUUGGGGUAUACCAGAACCAGAUUUCAUCAACCCGUCGACUGGGGAGGCUAGAGUGAAUGCAAUGGACUGUCGUCCACCCGCGCUAAACGUCAUUUUGGUGCCGGGACUUGGGUUCGAUAAUCAUUGUCGCAGACUGGGCAGGGGCAAAGGCUUUUACGACCGCUACUUGUCACGAUUCUCGGCUAAGACUGGAAGCAUGCCUUUGCUGAUAGCCCCAGCAUUCGAGUGUCAGAUUCUUGAUGAGAUCCCUGUUUCUGCUAAAGACCUUCCAGUCGACUAUGUGGUCACCGAGGAGCGGAUUGUCGAAAGAAGUCGGAAGCUCCAGCAUGAUGUCUGUCAGUGA